AUGUCUGCCUUCCGUGAACCCCCUUUCCUUUCCGGUGUCAUUUAUACUACCGGUGGUACUUUGCCCUACUGCCUCUACGCCGCAUUCUGGGAAACCCGCCGUCUGCUGGGAGGCCCGUUGCUCCAUCUCUCCCCGGUCAUCGGUGGUGCUCUGAGCAACCUUUACAUGCCCAUCAGCAGUCUCCGGGCGACUUACACUGCCCUCGCGGAAUGCUAUCCUGAGAUCGAUGUGCAUCGUAAUGAAUAUCAACUCUACUUCAUUGACCGCGUUCGCGGGCCCAACGACCACCGCCGAGCUUUGCGCUUCGGACCCGACUGGCCCUUUGUCUGCAACUCUCGCCUGCGACCUCGCCGGGCCCACCGAGUGCUACAGCGCUUCACUCCUCGGCAGCACAGAGUCGCAAACCAUGUCAUGCCCGCGGUACGCCGGGCUUGGGCCCACCCACAAUGGGAAACCCGGACAGAGCGAUCGGGCGACUUCCACCACCCCCACACACUGAAAGUUCUCUCCCUGUCUUGA